CACAGGCACUAAAUAAUCAGUAUUCUGAAGAAAACCCACAACCAUAAAUUUUCAUUUUGACGUUUUAAUAUAUUAUUUUAAUAUUUUAAAAAUUUCAAAUAACUAUUUUUUAUAUUUGAUCGAGUUACAAUGAAGAUCAUUUAUUAACACCAGAAUUCUAAAAUGAUGGACUUGUUUGCAGAGGAUGAGGCGGAAGAUACAGAACUAAAAAAUCAGAAUGAUACAAAUCAAUUUUUAAAGUACGAAUUCGAUCCUAUCCCCCUGGACGCCGCCAGAGAUUCCGUGGACAUCACCAGCAUAGAAGCUCUGGAGGAACUUGCAGAAUUGAACCCAAACCUGAUUCUUCCGCAUCUUCUGCCUCUAAAUGAAAAAUUAUCUGCUCCGCGCGAAACAACCAGUGAUAUAUUCAAUAAAGAAGGGAUACAACUUAUGCACAUUCAAAUGCCUAGCACUCUUCCAGCGAUAAAUAGAGAACUAGAAAUUGGCGACAUUGAAGAUAAAACAGAUAAAAAGGUUUAUGAACCAUCUAAACUGGAAUUCUUGCCUUCAGGGCAGCUGGGAAAGCUGAGAAUUCAUAAAAGUGGAAAGAUAAUGUUACACAUUGAUGGACACGAAUUUAAUUUCCUAAGAGGAAACGGAUCUACCUGUAAUCAACAAGUUGCCUGUCAUUUGGAGCAAAAUAACGAGUUUCUUUUCUUGGGGAAUUUCCACAACAGAUUUGUGGUCUCCCCAAAUCUGUCCUGCCUCGGCGCAAAUCAACACACAUAGAUCUGUAAAAUUAAUAUAUUAAACCCUUU